UCAGUUGCCAAGUGAUGCGUUACGUUGCAUUUAGUUUUUUAAUGCACACCAACCAUCUCCUACAUAACUUGGUCCAACUCCGGUCCUCUUAGUCCAAAAAAUAGAUUUUAGUAACUUGACUAACACAACAGAAGAGACUUUUCAUGUAUAAGUACAUGUUUUAUUUACAGGCUAUUAAAGUAUUUGUCAUUUUACUGGAGGAUAUCGUAUGUAUCGCGUUGCAAAAGUGAGAAGUGAAAUAGUUCGGAUAGUCCUUGAAUGCAGCAGGAAAAAAUGAAAAGAUUUGAACGGAAGGAAGCGCUACGACGUGUCGCUAUGGAGACGGAUCCCGGAAGUAGCGUCUCUUAUGUUUGAGAACCAGUCCCUGCCCCUGAAUGUCCCGCUCAGCCACCCUGCCGCUCGGCGUCCGGGCCCCCGAGCCUCUGACCCUCCUGCACCGCCGCCUCAUGCUGGCGGAGGAGGAAGCCGAAGGGCUUGUUCGAGACAUGGGGGCGCUGGGGGUCCCCAGGGGCCGGAUCGUGGGAUCCGCACCCUCGAGUCCUACGAAGGAGCAUCGGGCCUCCGGGAGGGAGGCGAUGGAGCUCAGGGACCGGCUUCGGCGGGCCUGCAGGGAGAGAGACGAAGCCCGCAGAGAGGUGGGGAGGCUGGGGCAGAGGGUGGAGGAAGCCGCCGCCGCCAAGGUGGACGUGGCGUUGGCGGCCGACGAGCUGAAGGUCGUCAAACUGGAGAUGAGUCAGAAACUGACGGAGAGAAGAUGAGGCGGCAGCUGGAGGAGGAGGCAGAGAGGAGAUGGGCCCUGAGGACUCGUCUCAUCGAGCAGCUUAGAAACCAGGAUUUGCUGCUGGAGGCGACCAGACGUAACGCCCACUCUGAGCUGCAGGUGGCGCUAACAGAUAAAGUGAACCUGCAGUUGGAGCUAGAGAAGCUCAAAGACGGACAUUCACGGCUCCUGCAGAGCUCCUCCGCUGCACGAGAGGCGGCCGCCACUCAGAGGGAAGUGUUGGAGCGAACCAUUGAGAGGCUGCGGGGGGAGCUGAGCACGGCCAGACAACAGGAGUCCGGAACUGAGUUCAGGGAGCAGGAAGCUGCCGACGGUCAAACCUUGGAAACCAACCAGGCCUCUCGUGACGAGCUCCACCUCAAGCAGGAGGACAGUGCCAGACUGCAGGCUCAGAGAGAAAUCGGUAAACACCGAGCAGAGGUGGAGAAACUCCAGUGGCUCCUGACGUCUACUCACUCCAAGAGCAGCAGAGCUCUGGAGUCCUUGCAGAAGGCCUCGGAUGCGGCCAGAGUGAUCAACAAGCGUCUGGCCCAGAGUCUGGAGCGGCAUCGGGUCGCCGCCGCACUCAGAGACGAGGAGCUGCUCGAGGCUCGGUCGAAGAUCGGUCGUUUGUCCGAAGAGCUCGGCGCCGCGAAACGACGGAGGCGCGAAGACGAGUCCGCGGAGACGCCGCGCCGAGAACCCUCAGAACUAACGCGCUCAGCGGGGGACUCGUCGGCCGGGUCAGGUGACCUGUCCACGGCCAAUCGGGAGCUCCGGCGACGGGCGUCUGAGCUGGAGCGGCUGGUGUCAGAACAGACGGCUUUCAUCAGAGAGCAGAGGAGCAGAGAACUACACAAAGCGGAGGUUUCUCCCCAACAGGAGGCGGAGUUGGAGCGGUGGACCUCGACCAUCCGGCGCUGGGAGGCCAAGCGAGCGCUGGCUGACACCGAUAAGAAGCGACGCAGUGACACAGUGACCCUUUGAGUUUAUUCAAACAUUAAACGAUGACCAACGGAGAAGAGACAGCAGCCACGAGGGAGGUAGCAGCUAAAGUGUGUGUGUGUGUUUGUCGUCCAUUUAUAUCGAUCCAGAUUUAAUAACGUUCAGGAGGGAAACAUGCACUGUAUCACCAUAACAUCUGAUAUACUUCUCCACAGCUGUACAAAGAUACUUUUUUUUUUUUGCCAACAAAUUGUUUUUAUACAAAAGUACUUUUUUUCUUCUUUAAAAUAACACUGCGUACAAAUGAUGCUCCUUCUACCAGAGUGGCUCGUUCACUGUAUAUCGUUCCAGUAGAAACUUUCUUAAAUCAGAUCAAGCCGUCGCUGUUGAAAUGUACUCUUUUUUUUUUUUUUUUAAUUCUCCAAAUUUUAAUGAAUACACUUUGUGACGAGACACGAGAUCCUCCUCCGUUAACGUCGCUACAAAAGAAACAUUCACUUUCUCUUUUUUCUUUUUUUUAAGAAAAGUUGGACAAAUCUUUAAAAACCAUACAAACACUCAACACAGCAACAAGAGACCAAACUGCAGGCAAACGAUGCCACCGUUGGCCACAAGGGGGCAGCAUCGCCAGACUAAUAGAAAAGGACGCCAGCAGGUUCUUUAAGUGUCGGAUGAGAAACAACUAAAUAAUAAUAAAUAGCUUAUGAAUGCUACGCUAUAUUCUAUGAUAUAUCUGCUAAAAUAGAAAAAUAGAUGAUUUGAAAGGAAAAUUUAAAUGUAGAAAAAUAUAUAUAUAUAUAACGAAAUGAUAUAUAUGCACGUGGUCAUGUGACCCCCCGUGCUUUAAGUUUGGUACAGACAAACAGGUUGUAGAGGCGUCCUAAUUGAAAACAAGUGUACUGAUAACGUUAAUGUGUGUCAUCCUGUCGGCUCUGGUGAAGGUGAACAUGGGGGGGUUCGGGGUGAA